GAUAUAUGAAAAUGUUUGGAAAGAUUUAGAAGAUAAAAUAGAUCCACAACAAGUUAAUAUUUCUCUAUUUGAACAAUCAAUAGAAAGGAAAAUAUGCGAAAAUUAAAUUUAAUGAUAAUGGUCAUGAAACAAAAAAUCUUAAAACAUUUUUAAUAGAAUUAAAAGAUAAUAUUAGUCAACAAAAUCAAUAUUUUUAUCAACACAGAUUUACCAUUUACUACUAAAGAAGAAGAAGGAAAUAAUAUUCGAAUUUAUCAAAAAGAAAAAAAUAUUUUAAAGUCUGGUGGACUUGCUAAAUAUAAAUAUGGAGAUAUUAAAAGAAAUAUUGAAAGAAUUUUAAAUAAAAUUUUAAAAAAUACUCAAUUUGAAAAUGAUAAAGAAUUAAUUUUGUCGAAAAUUUUGUCUUUACAAGGAGAUAUUCGUUCAUUUAAAACAGGUUUAAAAGCUAAUUUAAAAGAUUUUAUAGAUCUUCAAGAUCAAGAAAAUGUUUCAAAAGAUAAAUCUUGGUGGGAUUGGAAUGCUUUUGCCGUUGCAAUGAUAGGACUUGUUCAAGUCAUUGCCGAAGCUGUUUUAGUAGCCUUUGGUUUGACUCAGAUAGGCAAUGCUUUAAUAUCAGGUAUUUUUAGUUGGAAAGAAUGGGCAAUACAAAAAGCAAUUAGCUUCGGUCUCUCUAUGUUGACUGCUGGAAUUGGAAAGUUUUUGACGGAUAAAAUUAUGGAACAGAUUCAAGAAAAUGUUAUACAAAAGAUUGUUAGUAAAAUAGAAGAAAAUUUAUUAAAGGAAAUAAUCGGUUUAAUAAAUAAUAAAGUAGAAACUCUUUAUCUUCAAAAAAAAACACUAGGAAAAGAUAUUUUAUUACCUCAACAAUGUGAUAAUAUUCGAACACGAGUUGUAUCUUCUUUAAGAAAUAGUUAUCAUCUAUUUGCUGAUGGUCUAAAGAAAUCAAAUUCAAAAUACGUUAAAAUAGCGGCUACUACUCUUAAAGCAAUAGAUAUCAUUAAUAAGUUGUGGACUGUAGUUCAAUCUGUCUUACAGUUUGAACAUGUCCUUAAUACUUUAAAAGAUAUUAUUGAAGAUAAAGUAGUAAGACAAGCUAUUAAUGGAACAUUAAAACAGAUUGGAAAAACCAUUGUACAAGGAAUAAAGACAAUGGUUGAUUCACAAUUUAAUGGAAAAAAUCCAGCUAAUAUAUUGAAACAAUCGAAUCAAAAUAGACAAAAUCAUGCAGAAAGUCAAAUUGCUAAUAAAUCAAGAUUCAAAGAAAGAAUAACAAGAUCGACAAAAGAUAAAGAUAGAGCUUUAGGUUUAGCUGAUAUCAAAAUGUUAGCAGAUCGUAAAAGAAGAAAAAUAACUGUUCACAACUCAGAUACUGACGAAAAAGAAAUAGUAAAUCCUUCAGAAGUAAGAAAAAUACUUGCUCUUCUUAAACAAUCUGCUAAAAUAUAUUAUGAAGCAGAUGAAAAUGGAGAUAUUGAACAUUAUUUUACUGGUAGAGGAACAGAAACAUAUAUACAGAUCAGUGGACGGAUAGAUUGUUUGCUAAUAGCUUAUCAUGAAUCAUUAGGUAGAAAAGUAAAUGAAAAUAUUAUAGGACAAGAACGAGUAUCACUACGCCGUUAG